AUGAGUAGCUGGUCGUUAUCUAUCUAUCUAUCUAUCUAUCUAUCUAUCUAUCUAUCUAUCUAUCUUUUCAUCUCUUCCUAUCUAUCUAUCUAUCUAUCUAUCUAUCUAUCUAUCUAUCUGCUUCAGUCUCUAUCUAUGCACACACACACACACACAUAUAUAUAUAUAUAUACUUCAGUCUCUUCCUAUCUAUCUAUCUAUCUAUCUAUCUAUCUAUCUAUCUUCAACUGUUCAUAUCUAUCUAUCUAUCUAUCUAUCUAUCUAUCUAUCUAUCUAUCUCGGUCUGUUCAUAUCUAUCUAUCUAUCUUUCACAAAUUACUUAACAAACCUUUUACUUAUAUUAAUUUUAUCUAUCUAUCUAUCUAUCUAUCUAUCUAUCUCAGUCUGUUCAUAUCUAUCUAUCUACCAUCUCAGUCUGUUCCUAUCUAUCUAUCGAUCCAUCUCAGCCUGUUCAUAUCUAUCUAUCUAUCUAUCUAUCUAUUUCAGUCUGUUCAUAUCUAUCUAUCCAUCUCAGUCUGUUCAUAUCUAUCUGUCUAUCUAUCUAUCUCAGCCUGUUCAUAUCUAUCUAUCUAUCUAUCUAUCUAUCUAUCUAUCUAUUAUUAA